ACUUCCGGUUAUUAUUAUUUACAUUAGAAACAAUGUCGUCUGUCACAAAUUUUGGUAGUCGCUCGUAUUUUUGCGUCGCCGAGGGCUGUAAUUCGGAUGAAAGAAAGAGGGGACGGUACGGAUACAUGGCCAAUGUGAGAUUUCAUCCUUUUCCAACUAAAAAAAAAGCAUCCUCGCACAGAAAACGGUGGUUGGAACUACUGAGAAGGAAAAAUUACGAGCCCAAAAGAAAUCACCGAGUAUGUUCUCUACAUUUUGUUGAUGGGAAACCAACAGAAAAGCAUCCUUUUCCAGAGUUGUUUGCAUACAACAACUUCAAAGAUAGUCAGAAGAUUCGCUCAACAACAUCAAUAACAAAAAGAGAGCAGAGCAAAGUUCCUGAACCACAGAUACAAAUUUCAACAGAAGCCUCAGCGAUUUGUGAAUCAGUGAAUAUUGAUGAAAUCUGCUAUUCCACUGGUGAUGAACUUAAUGGGUGCUGGCCAGUAACCAAAGAAGUAGAAGUGACUGACAAUUCAGCUAUGAACAUCAUUUCAUACCCAAGUACAGACACAUAUGUUGAAGUGGAACACUGCUACACUGGCACCCACAGGGUUGACGAUGUUCAGACAAGAGAGAUAGGGAUACAGACAUCCAUGACCAGUGCAGAUAUUGAUCGACUGGAGAAGAAGGGGAAAAGACUGGAUAAUCCAGAUCAGCUUAUGCGAGAGCUCUUUGUAACGAAAGUUACAAAGAAUGAUAAAAGUGUCCAAAAGUAUACUGGACUGCCGUCAAAACAAAGCCUUGAUGGUUUAUUUGGUAUGAUAUCCUGUAAAAUUUAGAACACGAUACAAAAAUUUAUAUAUGCACUCUUAUAUUGAUAUCUAGCAAACAUAAAAAAGCACAUAUUGAUAUCUAGCAAACAUAAAAAAGCACAUUAUUCAAACAGGAAAAUGGCCUGGAUACAAGGAAUAUUUGGACUUAACUGCAAUAUUUCUGCAAGCUAAUAGAUAACAUAUAAUUGGUUAUUUUAAACAUAUAACUUUAUGAAACCAUAAAAUUAUUUCAUUGGACUUCAUCUUAUAUUCAGGUUUAUGAAAAACAUUUCUUGGUUUAUAGUUGGAUAUCUGCUGAUUUAUGAAUUUUGUUAAAAAGGCAUCUUGGACAAAGCAUCACCAGUCCUAAAAUACUGGUCAGGACAAGGGAGUGCAGCAAAGCCCAAUUACCAGAGUGAUAGUCUACACCCAAAGUCAGGACCCAAAAGAAAGCUGACAAGGUUUCAUGAGUUCCUACUCACCUUGGUGCGACUACGUCUGGCCCUAUCAACAUUUGUCAUUGCAGAUUUGUUUGGCGUGUCUAGCUCCAGAGUAUCACAAGUAUUUGCUACCUGGAUUAAUUUCAUGUACAUCGUAUUCACACCUCUAUUGAAAUGGCCUUCAAGAAAUGUAAUUAAGAAAUUCAUGCCUGCAUCUUUUCGUGCAAAGUUUCCAAAUGUUGUUUGCAUUAUUGAUUGUACUGAAUUUUUUUUAUUAGAAAACCAAGGAAUCCAACUGCGCAGUCUCAAACAUAUAGCUCUUAUAAGCACCACAAUACUUAUAAAGCACUUGUUGGGGUGUCAUCUUCAGGUGCGUUCACAUUUGUGUCAAACAUGUGGGGAGGUAAUGUUUCCGAUAGAUUUAUUACGAAAGAGAGUGGUUUCCUUGAUAACAUACGACCAGGUGAUGAGAUUAUGGCUGACAGGGGGUUUGUUAUUAGGAACCUUUUACUUAAAUGCAGAUCAACGUUGGUUAUCCCCCCUUUUACAAGGAAAUGCUCAUGGGGUAAAGGAAAGCAUUUGUCUCCUUCAGAGAUCUUGAAAACGAAAAAUAUUGCUAGAUUCCGUAUUCAUGUUGAAAGGGCUAUUGGAAGAUUGAAAACUUUUCAUAUGUUGUCGAAUGUUAUGCCUCUAAAUAUCAAACCUCUUGCUGAUCAAAUAUUGGUUGUUUGUGCCUUUCUUUGUAACCUUCAAAAGCCCCUCCUCAAAAAGUGAACACACAUAUUAAUCAAACUCUCAAUUCUGUUCAAACAUCUUGUGUAUUUAUUUUGACAAUUUAAAAACCUUUUUAUGAAUAAAACUUGUACUAAAAUAUUCAUUCGCUUUUCACAUCUUGUAUAAUUUAGAGAAGAAGAAAAAACCCACAAUAACAAUUUGACAACAAAGCAAAUAUUUUUAACCUCAAUGUCUGUUUAUCAACUCUGGGUAAGAAAAAGGUGUUAAAAGAACAUAAAAAUGUCAAAAUGUAUUCAUCUUUGUAAAAAUUCUUCAAACAACAUACUAAUAUCAGGAAGUGAAUGUAUAUGACAUUUUUAAAAUUAGUUUUUUAAGGUAUAUAAUAAUUCCAGAGUCCAAUUGGUACACUACAGAAUAUUACAAGUAAUAUAUUUUUUAGCUGUUUGAAAAAUAGCAAGGAUCCAAAUAUUAAAGGUUUUUUGAACCACUUGAAAACAAAUUAUUGUGUUGAUAAAUUAUACUGCAUUCAAAAUUCUUGUAUGGGCUAAUGGAGUACUCUGCAUUACUGUUUGAGUGCUUUGAAUAUGUAAUGCAUAAAAAAUAGUUGUGACUUUUCAACAAUAGUCUUGAAAAUCUGUUCAUCGUAAUAUAUGCGAUCAACAAUAAAGCCUUUCUUUGUAUAGAAUACAAAAUCACACCAUUGUUUGCGACUUACACCCAUUUGCCCUUGAAUCUGAAUAUACCAUGAAGUGUCAAUUUUUAGCCGUACAUUUUCAUCAAGAGUAACAUGAUAGUGAUUGUCCAUGCAAGCUUCUUUAGGCAAUUUGUGUUGAUGAGUAAAGGAACAUUUAAUUUCUAAAAGACCUUCACCACAACAUUUGCAACUAACCAAACCAUCUGGAGAAGCCCCCAGAUAUGGAUUGGUGGAAUCUAUGAAUAAACCACAGAGCUUUAUCUCUGCUUGCUUAUGUUCAUUUUUGUACUUAUCAAAAUAGAGUUGUCUAGCAACAGGUUCAUGUAAUUUUCCAAAUGACAGUGAAGGUACACAUGGCCUUGAAGUUUUGCCCAUAAUUGAUUUUGAAAUAUAAUUUUCUUCCUUGUCUGUAAAUCUAAAAUGCAAAAUGGAUCCAAAAUUUGAAGCAGUAAUUCUACCAACUCUAUGAUCAAACCAUUCUUGAUUUUCACUUUGCCCUUUAGUUACAUCUUCAAUAUGAGAAAUUGUUUGAACAUCAAAAAUUUUCCUCAUAUUUGCAUUAACUGAACUUAUAUCAAAUGGACCCUUCAUAUAUUUACAAACUUCUGUCAUUGUAGGUAAUGAGAAAGCAUCAUCACUUUCAUAACUUUUGUCAUAAAGGGUCUACAGAAGCAGAGCCCCUGUGCCUUUGCAAAGUUCAUAGAACUCCUUUUCAAGGUUUCCCCGGGGUUCUUGUACAGGCACUCUUGGGUCAUACACAACAGAAGUUGCGGCAGCUGGCAUCGGACUUGUCUGGUCUAUCCUCAUGUCAAUAUCCUUGAUCUUCUUGGGGUUGGACUUUUUUCUGGGCUUAUCCCACUGACAUUGUAUGUCUGUACCUACUUGAGUUCCCCUGUCCCUGUGUCGUUCACAAAAACUCGACAGAGAAAACAGGAGUGCAACACAAUGCUUGCAAGUUCCAUUAUCUCUGGAAGAAAAGUAGUAACAAUGUCAGCAACUUAAUUUAUACAUGUCCAAAGAUUAAUAUCUUUAUUUUUACAUGACAAAAUUUAAUAAAAUAUGACAAAU